AUGCCCGGCCUUCAGGGGGACGACAAUACCAAGGAGGAGAAGCUCAAGGCGAGCUUGUGGUACUCGAUCGGUCAGAUGGUUGAUUCUGCCGGGCUAGCGACAGACUCCAACGCCUCACCACACUUUAUCGGAGGGCUAAGUGAGCUGGUAUGGCAACAGAUCCAGACGGCGGCACAAGAUGUGGAAGCAUUCGCGAAGCACGCCGACAGGCGCAUUAUUGCCACCGAAGACGUUGUGCUCCUGGGGCGCCGGAGUGAGGGACUCAAGACGGUGCUGCAGAAUCAAGCGAAGACCGUAUCGAAGCAGAAUGCACCAAACGGUCGAUGA